UUCGCUGCCAAUACCCAAGACGCCAUCUCGAGAAGAUCUUCCCCGCCGAUGCGCAAAGUUAUGAGUUGGGAACGGUCUCAGAAGCAUCUACCAAGCUGUCUAUACUCCUAGAUGGUCGAACAAUCCAGCAUUAAUUCGCGGAGAAGACGUGGCUCCGCCAAAUGGAGGGUUCAUCUCAGAAUGGACCUGGCGGGGUCAACGGCAGCAAUGGAAGCAAUGGAGCUAUGAGUAGGGCCGAGAGAUUUGAGGAUGAGAAGCGCAGAAUUAUUGACAGCUGCUUUGGCAAGAGGGAUGAGGACGGCUCCUUAUUGGAGUCGUACAUCACACACAUCAGAAUUAUCGAAGAUGCCGCGUUUCCUUCCUCCCCUCCUCCACCGACUGCAAAUCCCGAUGCGAAGAAACCGCGUCUCAUUAUUGUCGCUGUGCGCAAGUCUGGGCGGGUUCGCAUGCACAAAGCUAGGGAGAACGUCAACGGGACAUUUUCCAUUGGGAAAACGUGGCCAUUGGAUGAUCUAUCAGCGGUGAAAUCCUAUAGUGGUGUCACUGCUACAAACGCCGAAGAAGAGCAACAAAAACAGUGGGCAGGAGGAAUUGGAUUCACAGUUACUUUAGGAAAACCGUACUACUGGCAGGCCAACACCGCAAAAGAGAAGCAGUUCUUUAUUGCAAGCCUUGUCAAGAUUUACACAAAGUACACUGGUGGCAAAAGUCCUGAGCUGAUUGGUUUUGAUUCAAAGGAACGAGAGUCACUCGUCGGCGCCGCCGCUGGAGCAACGCCUCAGUUUUCAUCGCAGCAACCCGGCAGACCUGGAGUAUUGUAUGGGCAAACUCCUCAAAAUCGACCUCCACCGAGACAGGAGCCAUCCCGGGAACGUCCAUUACGAAGCCAGCCAAGUCGAGAUGCAGUGCAGCGGCCACAGGCUCAAAUGCCUCCAAGGGGUACCCCAUCGUUGACAUCUCAAACUUCCAGGCCUGAAAUUCGAGGUUCUCCAAGUGGGAGCAUGGAUUCUAAUGGAGGUGGACCACAGCAGCAGAGUCUGCGCCGACUAGCAGGCGGCAAUCAGAGCCAGGACUCUUUUGGAAGAAGUGAUGAUGGUGCAAGUCUGCCUCCUCGAUCCCGAGGAGGUAUGAAUGGCCUUCCCAGCGCAGCUGGUAGAUUUCAAGACCGUAGCAUAACACCCAAUUCCUUACGGGCUGCAACUCCUGAUAGCACCUUUUCAGUAUCUAAGGACACAGCAGACGAUGUCCCUCCGGUGCCGGCACCAUUAACCCUUCCACCAGAACGUCGAAGACCUCCAAUGCCCAUAAUCGGCGACUCGCGUCGCGGGCAGACCUCUGCGGAGAACAUUGUCCCUGCUCCACUGUCGAGUCCUGGAAUGAGGCGUGAGGAUUUACGACCACCGGCCCGGUCUAACGAACGCAUUCAGCCUCGUGAAAGAGAACAAAAUUCUAAAGUCAACGACAUUCCGCCCAAUACCAAUGGUGUCCCUCGUGAAGGUGGCGACGUUGCUGAUCCAAGCAUACCGUCAAAAUCGAUCCCGUCCAUCACCUCCCCUCCCGUCCAAAUGCCAGAGGAGCCAGGAGAACCCGAAGAAGAGCGCCCUGGGCUCGGACCUAUGAUUAAAAGCAAGAAGUCGAAAGGUGAUAUCGCAGGCCAGUUUAUGAAAGCUGCCAAGACAGCCAACGCCUUCAAUUCUUUCAAGCCGCGUGCGGGAGGAGCUGCAGACCGCCUUCGAGAGACGCAAACCAAGUCCUCCGAUGGUCCGGAUGGAAUUACCAGCGUUGUGCCAGCGCCGUCCCUCGUUCGUGGUAUGAGCGCCGAAAAUUCAAACCUCUUGACGCCUCCAGUCCCCAUAGCUUCAGACAAGAUGUCACCCCGUGAGAAGACCUCGCCCCGCAAGUCACACGACAGUAUCCCGGAAGUCAAGAUUACAGUACCACAGUCUGAUCGACCUAGCAGCGUAGAAGGUCCGAUCCCAGCUGCGCAAGAUAAAGUGAUUCCGGAGAAGCCCCAGACCAGAGAGGUCAAGCGAAUCAAAUCGCCAGCUGAAACAAUGGCAAAAGAGCUUGCUUCAUUGGGCAUAGACCCAGCUAUUCUUGGUGGCAGGGGAGGGGAAUUGGUUGCUGCAUGGGAGGAAUUUGGAUGGGUGGGCGAGGGCAUCCGAACGAAAAAUAUCGAUCAGAUGAAAGACGAGGUCGAGCGAGAACUGAAUAAAAUUCAAGCUGGUGGUUGGCUCAAGAUGCUGGACGAGGAGGACGAGAGAAUUGAGGCUAUUAAGCAAGGCCUGGACAAAUGUAUUGAGGAGUGUGAUGAGCUUGAUGGCUUAUUGACAUUGUACUCGGUAGAGCUGAGUACACUCAACGAGGACAUUGCAUAUAUCGAGGCCCAAUCGCAAGGGUUGCAGGUGCAAGCAGCUAAUCAAAAACUUCUCCAAGCCGAACUCAAAUCACUUCUCGAUACGAUAUCAAUUUCAUCCGAGCAACUCGACAGCCUUCGCGAAGCAUCCCUGGAAGCCCCAAGCGGUAUUGACCAAAUCGAAAAAUCUCUAGUCUUACUGUUCAAGGCAAUGCUCACCAUAGAUCCUUCCUUGAGUCUAUCAGGUUCCAGACCAAGCGAGGAUGGUGGUAGCCUCAGCUCCGGAAAGCCGGGUGGCUUUGGAAACAGUGAAAUUGGCAGCAUGCGCGUCCUCCAGGAAAAGAAGGAUGUUUAUAAAAAUGAGGCUGCAUUAUUUUUACGACGGCUGAAACCAUUCUUGCAAGUCAAAUUCGCUGCUGCAAUCGACGAGACCAGGAAGGCGUUGGAGCGCGAGAAAGGAAACAAUCUUACCAGGGCCGCUGGCAGAGCAAAGCUCGACAUCAGAAAUCAUGAUCUUGCUCGAGACAUGCUGUGGAUAUACAGUCCUCUCAUGCUGUUCUCCCGAGAGGUCGAUCGCCUUGAGUGGGAAGAGCUAAUCAAGCUUUAUGAAACCCUCUGCAAACCAUUAUACCAAGACGAAUUCAGAGAUGCGGUAUUUGCUUGGAAACGAAUCGCCCGAAAACCGACUGGCGAUGAGAGCGAAACGCUUUUUACUUCACAAAUCGAAAAGCAGACCGACGGGAUUGCUACUACGGCUCGGAAGCUGACUGUGAAGAGAAGUCAAACACUGGCAAAAAGUUUACGCUCUCCAAUAGGUGAUAACAGCAGCAAGGCAAGCGUCGACAAGACUUCUGACGGACGCCUUCAGCCAUACGAAGUCUUUACCGGAGCUCUUGACGAGAUGGUACCAAUCAUGACUACAGAGCAAAACUUCAUUGUCGAGUUCUUUCACAUCAGUUCCCUUGAGCAACUCGAUUUCCCAGAGUCGGUCUCCGCAGCGCCCCCGGACACUCGGCGUGGUGUCGAUCUUAGGCGGCCAAGGGUAAUGGAGCCAAAUCGCGAUCUUGCAAAGCUUGUCGUUCAAUCCAUGGAGGAAGUGUACAAUUUCUUCUCCGGUGAUAUGCAGGCACUUGUUGAUUGGGCAAUCCAAGCAGAUCCACUGCAAGGUGUUGGUGUCAUUGCAGCCAUUGAACGAAAAGUUCUGGAGCUCGAAGAAUCGAACCAAGAAUAUCUCGCACGCACUCUUCAAAAGGUGCACACCAGACUUGUCGGCCUUUUCUCGAAAUUCCUCGACGAACAAAUACGCGCCAUCGAAGAUACAAAAGUCAAGAUUAAGAAGCGGAAGGGUGUCAUCUCGUUCAUCCGAAUUUUCCCGUCUUUUUCUCUUACGCUUGAGACCAUGCUUGCCACAUCUCAUGACCUCGAUAUUCGAGAGAUAGUCAAUCGUGCUUACGCUCGGAUCAACAAGACUAUGUUCGAGUCCCUCAAAGUCAUCGCGAGGGAGAAUCCAGGCGCCAAUAUUGCCGGUGCUGAUCCAGAGGAUAAAGAAGCCUUAAACUACCAGAUUCUGCUCAUUGAGAAUAUGAAUCACUACUUAGAGGAAGUGGACGCUCGCGCGAAUCCCGUUCUCGAAGAUUGGAAGCAAAACGCAGCACAGGAAAUGGAAGAGCACAUGUCUCUCUACCUUGGAGCUGUCAUUCGCAGACCGUUGGGCAAACUCCUCGAUUUCCUUGAGAGCACCGAAAGCUUAAUACUUUCCCGCCAGCCGGACGAGCCACCUUCGAAGAUUUCCGGAAUGCCAAGUCAUUCGAAGGCAACGUUCAAGAAGAUCCUUGCUGGUUAUGAUUCUAAGGAGAUUAGAAAGGGUAUUGAGGCACUAAAGAAGCGAGUGGAGAAGCAUUUUGGAGACGCAGACGACCCUGGACUCAGCCGUGGUUUGGUCGCUAAGGUCAUUCAGAAUUGCGAGAAGUACUACGAGAAGGUCGAGGACAGGAUCUUGACCAUCAGUAGAGAUGUGUAUGAUGGAGAGAUUGCCGAGUGGAAUCGGGCAGAUGUUUCGGCAGCUUUCAAGGGCCGUUAAGCCGGAGGGAAUUGUAGCAACUGAUGUAAUAUAGCGGGCGUCCCGGAAUACCAUUGAAGCAAUUUUUCUUCAUCUUGUCUACGUUAUCUUUCGUUAAGUUAUAUUCGCUCUCGUCACGUUCUGUUUCUGUCACUGGGGUUGCUUCUUUCAAACUACCUCACCCAGAUCCCUAAAAUGGGCAUGUCGUGUCUUCCCAUUCCCAAUGUUCCACACGUUCUGGUACAUUUGAAUGCCUUGCAUUUCGAG